AUGAAUCUUUUUAAGGAGAUCCUGCCUAGAGUAAGGAAUAUGCUCUCAAGUGCUACAGAUUCUGAUGAUCAUACAUUGCUUAACCUCAUGCUGAAAGAAGAUGUGAUGUCCAAGGAGUACCAUCAAACCUUGCUCCAUGAAAAAGACAGAGAGGACCUUGCAAGGAAGAUAUCUCUGACAUUUGUGGAAAAAUGGGAUCUAUACUUGAAUGCUUUUAUUCCCCUCUGUUUAAAACUAUAUGGCAGUAAGCCUCAAAACAUCACAGAUAAUGAGCCAACAGGAAGCAAGUACAUUUCUGACAGCAAGAGACAAAUCAUGGAUUCAGCAUUUGUGCCUGAAAAUGGCUAUCUUGAUUUGCUGCACAGUGAUAUUGAUCCAUUGCAUCUGUAUACUCUCUUUGACCAUACAUCAUCUGAAAAUGAAGAAAGUGACUUCUCUGCAGAUCCUGAAAUUGAUACCAGCAGUUACGAUCAGUUCAAUAACAUGGAUUUCCUUUGUACAAUGGAAAAUGAUGAAAAUGGGGAUGAAUUGUAUCUCUAUUCCAACACAAGAGAAGCUUAUGCUAGAAUAGCUGAAUUAGCAGAAUAUGUGCUCAAAGAUCAGCAGGAGAAGCAGGUGGAAGACACUUUUGCAGGGAACCUUAUUUUGGAUGAAAUGGCUAAUGAAAACACUGAGAAAUUUACUGAUGUGAAAAUGCAGAAAUGUCACAAACGAACCUUCUUAGGGUCUUCAGAGAGUUGCUCUGAUGUUUCAGAACCCAAAUACAAGAAAAUUGGGUCUUCAACAUGUUUGAUUCCGGAGUAUCUGCCUGUCACUGCAAAAGGGAGCCAAGAGAAUACAGAUUUUGCAGCUCCUCCUCAGCAGAUAAUUAAUUUUCUUAUUGAAAAUGGCACAUCAAAUGUUAUAAUAUAUCCAGUGCUGACUCCUUCCACUGAAACAUUGAUUCCCUCAAGUUUUCCAGUUAGUUUAUGUGGCUUAGAAGUGUUCAAAGAAUUGCAGGUUCCUAUAGUUUCUUCUGAAGAACCUUUCAAGAGACCAAGGCCAGUGGAAGCUUUUUGUACAUUACUUAUGGAUUAUUUCCGAGACAUGUGCAAAUUUGUGACCAUGGAGCGUGAAGUAGCUCUUGACCAUCUGUUUGUUGAUGGAACUCUUGUUCAAGGCCAAAUUGAAACCAAGAGUGGGAAGAAUACUGUGAAAGUAAUGGAAAAGACGCUGAUGACUUGUAAUCUGCAAGGGAAGGAAAAGGCAGCCCUUGAAAGAAGCCAAAUAUUUCAAAUCUCAGGAGGUAAAGAAUUAGAGACUAAAGUGAUUGUGGUGUUAGGAAAAGCAGGAAUGGGAAAAAGCAUUCUUGUUCAGAAGAUCUGCCAGGACUGGUCCAAUGGAGAGUUUUCUCUGUUUGAAUUUGUCUUUUGGUUUGAGUGCAAACAGAUAAGCAUGCCUGAGAAGCGAUACAGCUUGAAGGAUCUACUUCUUGAGUUUUUUGUAAAACCGCAAGAGGGAAGCAAUGAGGUCUUUGAAUACAUACUACAAAAUCCUGCUAAAGUCCUUCUGGUUUUUGAUGGCUUUGAAGGGCUGCAUGAUAAUGAGAAUUUUCCUCGUUUCUCAGACAGCAAGCCUGACAAAGAAGUGUACAGUAUAAAGGAGCUACUUUCAGGCCUCAUCCAAAAAAAGAUACUGAAUGGUUGUACGUUACUGAUUACAGCAAGACCUAAAGACAAGGUGAGCCAGUAUGUGUCCAAAGUGGAUAAAACUGUUGAAAUAGUAGGAUUCUCCCCUCAGCAGAGAGAAUUAUUCAUAACCAAGUAUUUUGAAGGAUUACCCUACUGUGAUAAAGCACUGAAAUUAAUCAAAGAUUGUCAGUACCUGUUCAGUCAUUGUUACAGCCCUGUUAUGUGUAGAUUUGUUUGUUUUCUCUGUGAGACAGUACUUGAAAUGGGAGACAAAGACCUUCCUUCAACUCUUACUACACUCUUCCUGAAAUUUAUUCGGCAAAAGCUAACAUCUAUGCAACGAGAUGUUACCCCCAUGCAAAAUCAAGAGAAUCUUGCUAUGCUAGCCCGUAUAGCCUGGUAUCUUGGAGAAAAGCACCAAAGUGCCAUGAAAAGUUACCUUCUUCCUUCUAAGGAAGUUAAAGAAUUUGCUCGGAAAUGUGGAUUCAUCCUGCCUUUUGCAUUCCCCAAACAUUCAGAUACUGGAGAAGAAGAAUUCGGGAGCCCAUUCUCCACUUUUGCCAUUCAGAAUUUCUUAGGUGCACUUCACCUUAUCUUAGCAGAGGAGAUCAAGGAUAAAAGCCUAACAAAGUACCUGUCUUUUCCAUCCAAGAAGAAAAAGCCUUUUAACUGGUUAGACUUAGUGCCUCGAUUUUUGACUGGAUUGUUGUUCCUCCAGGAUGACCCCGACUUCUGCUUUUUUUCAAACAAGGAUGUAAAACAAUCAACCAAAAAGCAGAAAACUCUCUUGAAAUACAUUAGAAGGCUGCAGAUAAAUGACUUAUGUCCGGAGAGGUUACUGGAGCUUUUCCAUUGUAUUUUUGAAACACAAAACAACUAUCUUUUGCAACAUGUAGCCCUAAGACUCAAGCCAGAGCUGUCUUUUCUGGGUGUUGCUCUUACACCACCUGAUGUCUAUGUGCUGUACUCUGUUUUAAAACUGUCAAGAAAAGAAUUUUCCUUGGAUUUGCAGAACAGCAGCAUUGAUAUGCAAGGGCUAAAAGACUUGGUUGGCUUAAAGAAUGUGGCAUCAUUCAGGGCUUCCCUCAGAGAUACAGUCAGGCUGUGGAAGUCUUUAGAACAGACAAAAGAAUAUGAACUGCUAAGAAUGUCAACAGAGAAAUUUGUUCUUGAUCCCUUUAAGGCAAAGACGAUGAAGGACAUCAGUGACCUUUCUGAGCUUGUACAGAUGCAGAAGAUGAUGAUCAGCUGUGUGCAAGAUGUAUCUGAUUGGAAUAGCUAUGAAAUUCCUGCCAUCAAAAACCUCAGAAAAAUAGAAUUUGCGCUGGGUCAAGUAUGUGGCCUUCAGGGAUUCCUAAAACUUGUGGAAAUUCUUGCAGCAUUUCCAUCACUUCAGCAUUUAGACCUUGAAGCUCUGAAUGAGAAUGACAUAGGAGAUGAAGGAGCAAAGAGUCUAUCUGAAGUCUUUCCAAAGCUGACAUCGCUGGAAACAUUAAACUUAUCACAGAACAAGAUAACAGAUGUAGGUGCAGAGAAGCUAGCUAAAGCUCUGCCUUCCUUGUCUUCAUUGAAGAUUCUUAGUUUGUACAAUAAUAGCAUUUGUGAUUUUGGAGCAGAAAAUCUUGCAAAAAUUCUUCCUGCAAUGUCAUCUUUAAGAGUGUUAGAUGUUCAGUAUAACAAAAUAACUGACGUUGGAGCCCAAAAGCUGACUGACAGCCUAAGAAAAUGUCCCCAUAUUAAGAAUUUGCUGAUAUGGAAUCCUACCAUUCCCUAUGGAGUUCUUGAACACCUUCAUCAGUUGGAUUCUAGAAUUUGUUUGUAGAUUCAUUUGAUCCUAUAAAGGUACCAUAAAGGAAAGUGGAAGGUCUCCUCUGUAUCUCUCCAUCUUCUUUGCUGCUUUAUGCAUCAGGAAAAAAAGUGCUGAUUUUCAUGACAGUGGCAAAAUGAAAAAAGUCACAUUUGAGCUCCCGGGUGAUUCUUGAAGCAAGUGAAUAACAGAAUUCAAAUGUAUAAAAGGUCUUUUAAUAUGCUAUUCAAAGACUGUGUAGUGUAUCCAUUGAAGUGAUGAUGUAACGUCAAGUUUCAAAGAUGAAAAGAACAUCUGGAUAUUGCAAUUACCAUUAAAUGUGAAGAGGAGUCACCAGCAUAUUGGUAAUAUAAAACUGCUUCCUUGAUUCACCAAAGUGUAGGACUGCAAGCUGCUGGACCCGCCACAUCCGAAGUAGUAAUAGGUAAAACCUGUUUGUUUCAUGGUGCCAGUGGUAGGAAGAUAUUUUCUUUCAAGUAAGUCUCUUGUUAUUCGUUCCUUUAAAAAGAAUGGGAAAAGGAGUUGAAGAGAAGAAAUAAAUCAAAAAUAGAAAACUA